GUCUGAAAUGGCAAAGUAGGAGUUGAAGGGCAGUCUCCAUGGAAACCAGCCUCCCAGGAAGUGGCCAAAGUGUUAGUGUGUAGUGAAAUAAAGCUACACAGAUGUUAUGAAGGAAACGACUGCUUUAGAGCUGGGUUAACUUUGGAAAUCCCUUGAUUAAAACAAGCUGUAUUAAAGGCCCCAAACCACUUACCUCAUGGUUUUACACUGAGCGUCUUUAAUGUGAAAUGGGCCUGAGUCACUCUAAGGCUCACCCAAGGGUGACCAAGGUAGCACCUUUGCAAAACAAAGAGGAAGAGACUCCCUCAGCCGGCCCUGUGGAUUUUGUAUUCACUGAGAAUCCAGAAGAAAAGAGUUCAUAUUCAUUUGCAAGACUGCAGGAACGGAAUAAAGCUUUGGAAGGGCAGUUGCCACCUCUAAGAGAGACCUGGUAUGGAAGAUAUUCUGCAGGACCGAGGGCCAUGUAUUUUGACAUCCCACUGGAACAGGGAGAAACAAGUAUUAUUAAAAGGCAUCCACCCCGAAGACUUCAAAAGCUUGAACCCAUUGACCUGCCACAAGUAAUUACUUCUGAAAGGCUCCUGAGCCAGCAAGAAGUUGGGAGGACUCACAAAGCCAAGCAGGAACUGGAAAAGAAGACGCAAACUCUAAUGUAUCCUUCUGGGAAAAGACAAUAUUUACAUAAGAUGCAAAUGCUGGAAAUGAACCGUAAAAGACAAGAGGCCCAAGUGGAACUGAAGACAAGUCUUCACAAGGAGGCAAGAACUCAUAAGCAGAAACAGAGGGACCACAAAGUCAAGAAAAUCCUUCAAAGCAUCCCAAGAAAUGAUGACGGUGACUUUCUAACCUUGUUGCCUGAUGAAACCUUGAACGGAAGUCCAGAAAAUAUACAGAAUGCAGAAUUUCUGGAACAUCAAGCAAGUAAUGACUAUUGUCCCCAGAAAACUGGCAAAUUGGAAACAUGGCUCCGUGAACAAGAGGCUCGUGGACAGCUUCUCUGGGACAGUUCCAGCUCUGACUCAGAUGAGUUGGGGAAAGACGAGAAGAAACCACGAGCGUUGGUGAGGACCAGGACAGAGAGAAUUCCACUUUUUGAUGAGUUUUUUGAUCGAGAAAAAUAAUACUAUACACUAACC